AUGGUGCACACAGACGCCAUCAGAACUAUCGUCGGGAUCAUUGGUAAUAUCAUUUCCUUCGGCUUGUUUACAUCCCCAAUUCCAACAUUUGUAAAGAUAAUCAAGGACAAAUCGGUAGGAGAUUUCAAAUCGGAUCCUUAUGCAGCAACUUUGCUUAAUUGUGCUAUGUGGUCAUUUUAUGGCCUUCCCAUUGUCCAUCCCGACAGUCUGCUCGUUGUUACUAUCAAUGGCACUGGCUUUUUCAUCGAACUCAUCUAUGUUUCAAUCUUUCUCAUAUAUUCUCCUCCCCAGAAACGCCGAAAAAUUAUCAGUGCUCUCCUGGUUGAAGCAAUCUUUUUUGCUGUUGUGGCUUUUAUUACCAUUUACGUUUACCAUACAACUAAAGAAAGGACAAUGAUCAUUGGAAUCUUGUCUAUUGUCUUCAAUAUCAUCAUGUAUGCAUCACCCUUAACAGUCAUGAAAAUGGUAAUCAAGACAAAAAGUGUCAAGUACAUGCCAUUUGCCCUCUCACUCGCCAACUUUUGCAAUGGAAUUAUCUGGUCUGUUUAUGCACUCCUCAAGUUUGAUCCCUAUAUUCUGAUUCCUAAUGGUUUGGGCUCGCUUUCGGGACUGGUGCAACUCAUCUUGUAUGGCACUUUCUACAGAACCACUAACUGGCAUGAUAACGAAGAAAAGCCAAAACCUGAAGUUGAACUCCCUAAAGUUUAG